CCGCCAGCCGCCGCCAUGAGUAGCUUUGGAGCUGGCAAAACCAAAGAAGUUAUCUUCAGUGUGGAGGAUGGCUCCGUGAAAAUGUUCCUGAGGGGCCGCCCUGUGCCCAUGCUGAUCCCAGAUGAGCUGGCACCCACCUAUAGCCUGGACACACGCUCGGAGCUGCCUUCUUGCCGGCUCAAGCUGAACUGGGUCUAUGGCUACCGUGGCCGAGACUGCCGGGCCAACCUUUAUUUGCUGCCCUCCGGGGAGACAGUGUACUUCGUGGCCUUCGUGGCUGUGCUAUACAGCGUGGAGGAGCAGAGGCAGCGACACUACCUGGGACACAACAGUGACAUCAAAUGCUUGGCCAUCCACCCGGAUAUAGUCACCAUCGCCAUGGGACAGGUGGCGGGCACCACUAAGGAAGGGAAGCCGCUGCCACCCCACGUGCGCAUCUGGGACUCAGUUUCCCUCUCCACCUUACAGGUGCUGGGCUUGGGGGUGUUUGACAGAGCCGUGUGCUGUGUGGGCUUCUCCAAGUCUAAUGGGGGCAACCUGCUGUGCGCAGUAGACAAAUCCAAUGAUCACAUGCUCUCGGUGUGGGACUGGGCCAAGGAGACCAAGGUGGUGGAUGUUAAGUGCUCCAACGAGGCUAUAUUGGUGGCCACCUUCCACCCCACGGACCCCACUGUGCUUAUCACCUGCGGGAAAGCUCACAUCUACUUCUGUACCUUGGAGGGGGGCAGCUUGAGCAAGCGGCAAGGCCUCUUUGAGAAACAUGAGAAAUUGAAGUAUGUGCUGUGUGUGACCUUUUUGGAAGGUGGCGACGUGGUCACGGGGGACUCUGCGGGGAACCUCUAUGUUUGGGGCAAAGGUGGGAACCGUAUCACACAGACGGUGCUGGGCGCCCAUGACGGUGGCGUGUUUGGGCUCUGCGCCCUGCGGGACGGGACGCUGGUGUCCGGAGGGGGCUGUGAUAGGCGGGUGGUCCUCUGGGGUUCUGACUACAGCAAGCUGCAGGAAGUGGAGGUCCCCGAGGACUUCGGCCCUGUGCACACUGUGGCAGAGGGCCACGGAGACACACUGUACGUGGGGACCACCCGCAAUUCCAUCCUGCAGGGCUCCGUGCACACGGGCUUCUCGCUGCUGGUCCAGGGCCAUGUGGAAGAGCUGUGGGGCCUGGCCACACACCCCAGUCAGGCCCAGUUUGUGACCUGCGGGCAGGAUAAGCUGGUGCAUCUGUGGAGCUCAGAGUCCCACCAGCCCCUGUGGAGCAGGAUCAUCGAGGACCCUGCCCGCUCAGCCGGCUUCCACCCCAGUGGCUCUGUCCUGGCUGUGGGUACAGUGACUGGCAGAUGGCUGCUGCUGGACAUGGAGACCCAUGCCCUGGUGGCUAUCCACACAGACGGCAAUGAACAGAUCUCAGUGGUCAAAUUAUCCCCAGACGGGGCGUACCUGGCCGUGGGCUCCCACGACAACUUGGUGUACGUGUACACAGUGGACCAGGGCGGCCGCAAGGUCAGCCGCCUGGGCAAGUGCUCGGGCCACUCCAGUUUUAUCACCCACCUGGAUUGGGCCCAGGAUAGCAGCUGCUUUGUCACCAACUCCGGGGACUAUGAGAUUCUGUAUUGGGACCCGGCUACCUGUAAGCAGAUCACCAGUGCAGAUGCUGUGAGGAACGUGGAAUGGGCCACAGCUACUUGUGUCCUGGGGUUUGGGGUGUUUGGGAUCUGGUCCGAGGGGGCGGAUGGCACUGAUAUCAACACUGUGGCCUGCUCCCAUGAUGGGAAGUUGCUGGCUUCAGCUGAUGACUUUGGCAAAGUUCACCUGUUUAGCUACCCGUGCUGUCAGCCUCGAGCCCUCAGCCACAAGUACGGUGGACACAGCAGCCACGUGACAAAUGUGGCCUUCUUGUGGGAUGACAGCAUGGCCCUGACCACGGGGGGCAAGGACACCAGUGUGCUACAGUGGCGGGUGGUCUGAUGAGGCCAGGGAAGAGUCAGGUGUCAGGGCAGGAAUUCUAUUUUCGGGAGAUGUCUAUUGCCAAGUAGAGUAAUAUAUACCCAGAGUAUGUCUACAGCAGAGGGGUUUAUGGGGGCGGAAGGGUAGACUGACAGAAGUCUCUAUUUAUCCGGGUGGGAUGAGGGAAUCACAUUGCUUUGGGGAUCCACUGGUGUUUGGUUUGGGGUGUUUUUUAAGUUUUUUCUUUUAUAUCAUCCAGAAAUAAAGACACGUGCACUA